CCCCCCUCCUUCUACUUCCCCUUCCCCUCCCGGGAGAUGCUGGGACUCGGCAGCGGGGCUGUCCCGUGGCCGCUGCGGCCUCAGCUCCAGCCUGCUCGGGGUACGGAGAGUCUAGACCGCUUCCAAGGCGAGGGCUCCUGGUUGUGACAUCACGCUCAUCCCCUUGGCGAUGGAGCUUGUCACUAGGAAGGACGACUCAUUUGGAAAAUAGCCAACAAGAUGGGCUCCUGGGAGCGUCUCCAGAGUGGCACUGAGUGGAGGCAUCAGGGGGUUGGAGCCUUGUGAACAGGGAACCUGCCCCCCAACACUUGGAAGGGCCUGGGUUUCAGUGAUGAGACAUGGGGUAUGAUGUAACCCGCUUCCAGGGCGAUGUCGAUGAAGACCUGAUCUGUCCUAUUUGCAGUGGAGUCUUGGAGGAGCCGGUGCAGGCCCCUCACUGUGAACAUGCUUUCUGCAAUGCCUGCAUCACUCAGUGGUUCUCUCAGCAGCAGACGUGCCCGGUGGACCGUAGUGUCGUGACGGUCGCCCACCUGCGCCCAGUACCUCGGAUCAUGCGGAACAUGCUGUCAAAGCUGCAGAUUGCCUGUGACAACGCUGUGUUUGGCUGCAGUGCUGUCGUCCGGCUUGACAACCUCAUGUCUCACCUCAGUGACUGCGAGCACAACCCGAAGAGGCCCGUGACCUGUGAGCAGGGCUGUGGCCUGGAAAUGCCCAAAGAUGAGCUGCCGAACCACAACUGCAUCAAGCACCUGCGCUCCGUGGUGCAGCAGCAGCAGACGCGCAUCGCAGAGCUGGAGAAGACGUCGGCUGAGCACAAGCACCAGCUGGCAGAGCAGAAGCGAGACAUCCAGCUGCUCAAGGCCUACAUGCGGGCCGUGCGCAGCGUCAGCCCCAACCUGCAGAACCUGGAGGAGACCAUUGAGUACAACGAGAUUCUGGAGUGGGUGAACUCCCUGCAGCCAGCAAGAGUGACGCGCUGGGGCGGCAUGAUCUCCACCCCGGACGCUGUGCUCCAGGCCGUCAUCAAGCGCUCCCUGGUGGAGAGCGGCUGUCCUGCCUCGAUCGUCAACGAGCUGAUUGAAAAUGCCCACGAGCGGAGCUGGCCCCAGGGUUUGGCCACACUAGAGACAAGGCAGAUGAACCGGCGCUACUACGAGAACUACGUGGCCAAGCGCAUCCCCGGCAAGCAGGCUGUUGUGGUGAUGGCUUGCGAGAACCAGCAUAUGGGCGACGACAUGGUGCAGGAGCCAGGGCUGGUCAUGAUCUUCGCGCACGGCGUGGAGGAGAUAUAGGAUUUGUGACGCUGUCAGGACAGAAUGGAAACCCGAAAACCCCAUCAUUCCACCAGCUGGGGCUCUGUGCCCACUGUACCCCCACUUCAAAUUCCACGGCCCAUGAGCCCACAUCUCCCCCUCUUCCAGCCCUCAAAGGCCCCCCAGGGCACCUAGUUCAGCCUUUCCGAUGGGAAACGCCAGUUCCCUCUGCACCGUACUCCCUCCCCUAAAACCUCUGGACUAGCUCAGUGUGGUGAGGAGGGUCCCCACCCUGCCAGCUCUCCUGCCUGGGUCUGCUGCCAGGUCUUUUCAGAAAGCACAAAGAGAUCUCUCUCCCCGAGAGGAGGCCUGCGGAUUCUAGCAGCAGUCGGGGCACCGCUGAGGAGUGGGCAUCCCGAGCAAAAGGUCAGGAUAGAGCCAGCCCCCUAGAGUGAGUGAGGCCCGCUCUGCUCUCCAGGAAGGGCAGAUGGACCCCGGUGCCAGCCCACCCCAGAGGUAUGUGCAGGCUGCAACGUGGAACUCCUCCAGAGGAGCUCUUCAUGCUCCCUGCUCAUUUAGGAACGUGGGGAUGUGUCUCUUGGGCUUGCCGGGCCACAAGGCACUGCUCUCUGGCCUCCGCUGACGUGGAGAGCCGUCCCUGCCUAGGGUGGCAUGACCAGUGAUAGCCCGCCUGUGGUUCCCGCCAGCCCUGUGCCUGUAGGUAGGUAGUUUGAGAAGCUCCCUUGGCCAUUGUUUGUAUUUCAGCACACCCCCUAAGCACACACACACACACAGACAGACACACAUUUUUUUGUAAAAAAAAGGUCUGGUUGUUGCAACCCCAUUUCCAGCCCCAGCCACAUCAUUGGCAAUUUAAUUUAUUUACUUUUUUUUUUUUUUUUAAAGAAAGUAAGAAAACAAACAAAGUAAA